GACAAUGAUUUCUUAAUCAGGAAUAUGUUUUUCUUAAUGCAUUGCAUUUUUUAAAGAUAUCCUGAAGCAACCAGAAAACAACAAUGCUACCCAUUGGUAUAUUAAUGGUGUUUGUUUUACCACUGGUUCGGACAUCUCCAAGAUCAUCUAAUGAUGUAUGCGAUGUAGACGAUACCCAUCGCUUUGACUGUUUUCCUGAUCCAUUAGCAACUGAAAAAGAUUGCAUUGCCAGGGGUUGCUGCUGGAGGCAGGCUAGCGGAGUAUCCAACACAGAACUUAAUGUGCCUUAUUGCUAUUAUGGUAAAGGUAAUUUUGGAUAUGAAGUUUGUGGUCGAACAAAUACAACUGCUGGCUUUGUAUUAGAUUUGUGCUUAAAAGGAUCAGGUGGACCCUACGGCGACAAUGUGGAAAAGUUAAAAGCGGAAUUUAGAAUUGAAACUGAUAAUCGACUUCGAGUAAAGAUCCUCGACGCAAAUGUAAAACGUUAUGAAGUACCACUUCCAACACCUGAAGUGAAUCAAAAAGCUUCAUCUUCAAAUUAUCAGAUUACAUACACGAGUUUCCCUUUCGGAUUUGCUGUCACGAGACUACCCAACGGCCGAACAAUUUUUAACUCAAGCGUUGGUGGUUUUAUUUACUCAAAUCAAUUUCUGCAGAUGUCAUCAUAUUUACCAUCCAAUAAUAUUUAUGGAUUGGGAGAGCAUGUGUUAGGACUAAAACUGAGCACUAAAUGGAACCAGCUUACUUUGUUUUCAAGAGAUAUCGCUGACCCUGAGGGAGGCGGUAAUCUGUACGGAGUUCAUCCAUUUUACGUCAAUGUUGAAGAUGAUGGAAAAGCAAAUGGCGUAUUUUUAAAGAAUAGUAACGCUAUGGACAUCAUUUUGCAACCCACACCAGCUAUUACUUAUCGAACCAUUGGAGGGAUCCUAGAUUACUACAUCUUUCUUGGUCCAACACCAAAUAAUGUUGUUAUGCAACUAUCGGAAGUCGUUGGAAAAACAACUAUGCCACCCUACUGGUCUCUGGGUUUUCAUUUAUGUCGUUAUGGUUAUAAUACUAUCGAACACAUGGAAGAAGUUCGUGAACGAAUGGCAGCCAAUGAAAUUCCACAAGACACACAAUGGAACGAUAUCGAUUAUAUGCAAAGCUAUCGUGAUUUUACCGUUGAUAACGUCAAGUACAAAGGCUUACCUGAAUUCGUCGACAAGCUGCAUAGUGAAGGCAUGCACUACAUUCUGAUGACAGAUCCUGCUAUCAGUACCACGACAGGGUACGAACCGUAUGACGAAGGUGUAGAAAACAAUAUUUUCAUAAAAGAUGACAAAGACAAAAUUCUUGUUGGAAAAGUUUGGCCUGGAGACACAGCAUUUCCAGAUUUCUUUAAUCCAAACACUUCAAUUUAUUGGCACAAACACAUCAGCAACUUUCACGAAAUGAUAAAGUUUGAUGGUUUGUGGAUCGAUAUGAACGAGCCAUCGAAUUUUGUGCAAGGCUCUAUCGAUGGCUGUCCAAGCAACACCAUGGAACAUCCUCCAUAUGUGCCUCAUAUCUAUGGGGGGCUGCUUUCUGACAAGACAAUAUGUAUGAGUGCGAAACAAUACAAUGGUGUUCACUACGACUUGCAUAGCUUGUAUGGCUACUCUGAAUCUGUCCAAACCAUGAACGCUCUGAAGAAAGUGCUCGGUAAAAGGUCAAUGGUCAUCACACGUUCUACAUUCACUGGCACUGGAAAACAUGCAGGUCAUUGGUUGGGCGAUAACCAUAGCACGUGGGACGAUUUGUAUUUAUCAAUAGCUGGGUUACUAAACUUUAACAUGUUCGGCAUACCAAUUGCUGGUUCAGACAUUUGUGGAUUUCUUGGAGAUACUAAUGAAGAGUUAUGUAGUCGAUGGAUGCAGUUAGGAGCAUUUUAUCCAUUCUCGAGAAAUCAUAACACACUUGGAGCUAGGGAUCAAGAUCCUGCAGCAUUUGGAGAACAGUUAAUAACUGCAUCAAAAACUGCACUGAAUGUUCGUUACACUUUGUUACCAUACCUCUACACGCUGUUUUAUUUUUCUCAUACUUCUGGUUCUACUGUUGCCCGACCAUUAUUCUUUGAAUUUCCAAACGAUAGUCAAACUUAUGGCAUUGAUGCACAAUUUAUGUGGGGUAGUGGUCUUUUAAUUAGUCCCGUCGUUACGCAGGGAGCAUCAUCAGUGAGUGCUUACUUACCACAGGGCCGCUGGUACGAAUACUAUUCGGGAACAAUCAUAGAUAGCAAUGGAGAAUACUUAACUUUACCUGCAGCAUUUGAUAAAGUGAACUUGCACAUCAGAGGAGGCAAUAUUUUACCGACCCAAGACCCUGCUAUCACUACAACCAAGAGUCGGCAAAACGACUUUGGUUUGAUAAUUGCACUUGAUGAGAAUGAAAAGGCGAAUGGAGAUUUUUAUUUGGAUGAUGGAGACCAACUCCUGGACGAAGGGGUAACUGCGACAACUCUUUUAAACCUAGACUGUCAUGGCGGUAAAUUUCAGUCCGUUUCCACUCGAAAAGGUUAUACUCCUGAAUUUAAAACUCUUAAUCACGUGACCAUUUUUGGUGUAACUAAAUCACCAUCAAAGGUAUUGGUUAAUGGUGCGAGCAUGCAGUUUGACUACAACACAACUACAAAGGUACUGUCACUGCGACAGUUGCAACUAUCUGUUACUGAACAAAACUCGAUUGAUUGGUCUGAAGAUGAGAUUAACAUGCUCCCUAAGACCUUGUUGGUGUAAAGAUUUAUUUGCUUUUUGUUUUUGUUGUUUCUGAAAAAGAUGCAAGACGUUAGGAGCAUAUGGUUGUUAAAAAUUUAGAAACACAUUUUACCUUUUGUUGUUUUAUAUUGAAUCCGUUUAAAAUAUGAUAAUAAUUGUUUGUUUGUUCAUGUCAGUACUGUUAUUGUAAAAUUUUGUUUUUAAAAAUCUUGUUUUCUACAAGAA